AUGCAGCUACACACAUUUGCAUUAGGCCUUUUGGCCUAUGCCGUCUCCUCGGUUUCGGCAACGGCGUUGACGUACAAGCUGGAAGCCAGCGAGCAGGGCUGUUUCUAUAAAUGGAUUGAUUCACCACCGGCGAAAGUUGCAUUCUAUUUCGCGGUCCAAUCUGGCGGAUCGUUUGACGUUGACUACUCGGUGGUUGGGCCGGGGGAAAAGAUCAUUCUUGAGGGCCACAAGGAGCGACAGGGAGACUUUGUGUUCACGGCGCAGAGCACGGGAGAGUAUCGGUUUUGCUUCAAUAAUGGAAUGUCUACAUUCGCGGAGAAAAUGGUCGAUUUUGAAGUUGCGGUCGAGAACGAAGAAAAAGCCCAGAUUCCCUCUAAACCAGGCGCUCCUGCCGAACAAGCAUCGGCGAUGGAGGACUCGAUCUUCAAGCUUUCCGGACAGCUAUCAACGAUUAGUCGCAACCAAAAGUAUUUCCGCACUCGUGAGAACCGAAAUUUCAGCACCGUCCGGAGCACAGAGCAGCGUAUUUUCAACUUUAGCGUGAUCGAAGGUUUGAUGAUGCUUUCAAUGGCUGGGUUGCAGGUCUUUAUUGUUAGAUAUUUCUUUCAGGGAGCACGAAAAGGUUAUGUAUAA